CUGGACAAGCUGAAAGGCUUGAAGCUGGAGGAGCUCUGGCUGGACGGCAACCCCAUGUGUGACAGCUUCCAGGACCGCUCCGCUUACAUCAGCGCCAUCCGAGAACGGUUCCCCAAGCUGCUGCGGCUGGACGGUCACGAGCUGCCUGCGCCGAUCUCGUUUGACGUUGAAACGCCUACCACUUUGCCUCCAUGCAAGGGCAGUUAUUUUGCCUCCGAAGGCUUGAAAAUGCUAAUUGUCCGCUUUUUACAACAAUAUUACGCCAUCUACGACUCCGGAGACCGACAAGGCCUGCUGGAUGCCUAUCACGAGGGGGCGUGCUGUUCGCUAAGCAUCCCGUUUUCCACGAAUCACCCUUACAGGUCUGUUUGGGGGUUCCACCGCUUGUCUUGUCUUGUGGGAGGUAGUUUGCCGUGUUCCACCUUACCAUGUGCCAGCAAAUAUUUAAAACUCAGCAUUCACUCUGCCUUCGUUGGACCAGGCCAACGAGUUAAGCUGGAUUUCUUCGCAUCUGCUUCUGCUUUUCUUUCUGUGACUUCGGGGUACAAACUUUCUCGUGGUCCCAUCUCCCACUGCCACGCUGGCAGCUUCCUCCCACCCAGUUCCGGUCAGGUGCAGAGGCAGCCUGUCCCUUCCGUUGUGAACGCUGCUCCUUUCUCGUUUCAGAAUACGCUGUUGUGUUUUACCCUGAGCGGAAUCUUUAAGGAAGUCGACAGCCGUUCUCGGGAUACAGUGCGAGCCUUCACCCGGAUCUUCAUUGCCGUCCCUGUGGGCCACAGCGGGCUGAGCAUCGUGAAUGACCAGAUCUUCAUCCGCAAAGCCAACAACACGGAAAUCCGCAAAGCCUUCGUCAUGCCGGCCCCCACCCCGUCCUCCAGCCCCGUGCCCACCCCUUCCACCGAGUCCAUGCCCUCUUCGUGCCCCGGGCUCACCCUGACGGUUGAGCAGCAGGAGAUGUUGCAGAAUUUCUCCCUGCAGUCGGGCAUGAACCUGGAGUGGUCUCAGAAGUGAGUGCCGGCGGGGGAGCGAGGGCAGGAAGGGGUAGAGGGUAGAGGCCAAGAUGGCGUCAGACCGGCGUUGGAUCUCUCCCAAGGCUUAAGAACCUCCUCUCUCUUUCUCUCCUCUCUUUCAAUCUCUAUUCUUUCUCUCCCUUUCUCUCUUUCAAUCUCU